AUGCGCAGCACAUCAUUCAAGUCACAGUACUUGAAGAAGCAGCAUCUGCUGGAUCUGCUAAAGACUACAGGGACCCAGAGGACAAUGGUCUUUGUUGAAACCAAAAGAAGUGCAGAUUUCAUUGCAACAUUUCUCUUUCAGGAAAAAGUACCCACUACUAGCAUCCAUGGCGAUCGGGAGCAGGGAGAGCGGGAGAAAGCUCUCAGCGACUUUCGCACAGGCCAGUGUCCUGUCCUGGUAGCUACUUCUGUCACUGCUCGAGGACUAGACAUUGAGCAUGUCCAGCAUGUGGUGAACUUUGACCUACCAAAAACCAUUGACGAGUACGUGCACCACAUUGGGAGAACAGGCCGUUGUGGAAACACAGGAAAAGCCAUGUCCUUUUUUGACCCAGAGCCUGAUACUCCUCUAGCUUAUUCUCUGGUCAAAGUCCUAUCAGGGGCACAGCAGGAAGUUCCUUCAUGGCUGGAGGAAAUUGCAUUCAAUGCACAUGGCACCACAGGGUUCAACCCACGUUGGAAUGUGUUUGCUUCCAGUGACACUCGCAGGGACUUUUUAAUAUGGGGAAACAACACACUGGACCAAGUCUACACCACCCUGAGAGGAGCUUACAAGGCCCUUUUCCUCCCGCACAUCGGCGCCUCUGACCACAUCACUCUUAUGCGAAUGCCAGCAUACAGACCACUGGUCAAAGUCAUCAAACCAGUUCGCAAGCAGGUACGAGUGUGGCUGGAAGGGUCUUCAGAGGCACUUCAGGACUGUUUUAACACCACAGAUUGGAAUGUAUUUAAAAAAGCUGCUACGUACCACAACAUCACAGAUCUCCAGGAGUACACAGAUACUGUCUCUGCCUACAUCACCAAGUGUAUUGAUGAUGUAACUGACCUCAAGACCAUCACUGUUCAGGCCAAUUAG